AUGUCCGCGGACUCCCGUUUUUAUAGACUGGUCGCCCUGGGCUGUACUGCCGUAGUGGUGCUGAUGAACUCCCUAUCCGUGCUCUGUACCAUUGCCAAGGAGAAAAAGAUUCAAAUUGUGGGAAAAUAUGGUAAUUACACUUGGCCUCGGAGAGACUUGUCUGUGAGUGAGACAGGUCAGAUUGUACUUGGGGCACUUCACAUGGUCCACGAGAGGAGUGAGGAUAAGAUUUGUGGUCCCAUAAUGCCUCAGGGCGGGAUCCAGGCCCUAGAAACUAUGCUCUUUACAAUGGACAAGGUGAACAACGAGAACCUUAUUCCGGGUAUCAGACUUGGUGUCCUGGCCAAGGACGAUUGCGAUAGAGAUAUCUAUGGUCUGGAGCAAGCUGUUGACUUCAUCCGAGGGUCCAUAGCUAAUAUAGGAGGCUACGAAAACAAGUGUACCAACCAUUCUGACCUUGAGCUACAUCUAAAGGUCAUCCCAGGAGUGCUUGGGGCGCCCUCGAGUGUGACAUCAAUCCAGGUUGCGACUCUCCUCAAACUCUUCAAGAUUCCACAGGUGAGCUUCUUUUCGACCAGCCCAGUUCUCAGCAGACGUGAUCGUUAUCCAUACUUUAUGAGGACAAUCCCUUCUGACGUCAAUCAGGCGCAGGCCAUGGUCGAAUUGGUCAAGAUGUUCAAAUGGACCUACGUAUCCGUGGUGUACGAGGAAUCCAGCUAUGGAAUUCAGGGUUUUAAUGAGCUGGAAAAGUUACUGAAGAAGAAUUCCAUUUGUAUUGCGACAACCGAGAAGCUCCUGAAGGAUUCAGGCGUAGCCGGUCAGGCGUCGUACGACACAAUUGUCGAUAGACUGAAGCAGAAGUCAAAUGCUAGAGGAGUCAUCAUUUUUGGAUCAGACCAGGAGGUCGGUGAACUGAUGGAGGCGGUCAGACGGCGGAAUGUCACCGGUAUGUUCUCCUGGAUUGGAAGUGAUGGAUGGGGAGGGCGUGGUCUCGCCUACCUGGACAAGGAGGCGGAGGUAGAGGGCGCAGUCACAGUUCAACCUUUGGCCUUUGAAGUUAUUGGGUUCAGAGAGUACUUUUUAAACCUUAAACCGGAAACGAACACGCGGAAUCCAUGGUUCGUUGAAUACUGGGAACAACAAUUUAAAUGUAAAUACCCUAGGAGUAGCUGGACUCCUUAUAAUGAAGAGUUCGCGGGAAACCCGUGCACGGGACAGGAAGUGAUGUCAGAGAAAGACUUUGAUAUGGAGGCUCAGUUACAAUUCGUCAGUGACUCCGUGUUAGCUUUUGCCUAUGCUUUUAAGGACAUGCAUCAAGUAUUGUGUGAAGGGAAGCCUGGACUCUGUGCUAACAUGGAUCCUGUCGAGGGAGAGGUUCUCAAACGAUUCCUGCUCAACGUUAGCUUUACAGGUUUAUCAGGACAAGAGUUCUCGUUCCUAGCUAACGGAGACGGACCGGCCAGGUACAGAAUUUUGAACUUCCGGAAGAAAACAACAGGAGAAUUUUCUUGGGACACAGUUGGAUUCUUCAAGAACGGCAGCUUGAUUGGUGUGGAUGAUUUGGUGUUCCGAAUGGACGAGGAGCCAGGACAUCCGGAAUCUGUAUGCAGCAAGGAUUGUGCUUUCGACGAAGCGUAUAAGAUAAUAGAUGGUGACACAUGUUGUUGGUCAUGUGUGAAAUGUGACGGCCAUCGCUAUUUACCUACCAAAUUUAACUGUGUCUCUUGCCCCAUGGGGACCCUCCCGAGUUUUGACAGGAAACGAUGUUCUACCAUCCCCAUGACGUAUCUGAAUUAUUCUAACCCUAUUGCAGUAACUGCCAUGGCAUUCGCAACUUUAGGAAUCUUCGCAACAGGAUUCGUUAUGAUGAUAUUCCUCCGCUUCAACGACUCGCCUAUUGUGAAAGCUUCCGGGCGAGAACUGAGUUUCGUGUUGUUAAUUGGAAUAUUUCUGUGUUACGGAAUGACCUUCAUACUAGUAUCAAAACCGAAUCCGAUCACAUGUGGAGCACAACAAUACGGAAUCGGGUUGUGUUUUUCAAUUGUUUAUUCAGCAAUCUUGACAAAAACAAACCGAAUAUCUAGGAUAUUUCGGGCAGGAAGACGAACUAGCAAAAGGCCAAAGUUCAUCAGUCCAAAGUCGCAACUUGUAAUAUGUGGUGCGUUUGUAGCAUUGCAGAACGCAGUUGGAAUAGUGUGGAUCUUGUUACGACCACCGAAGGCCGUGCCGUUCUACGCUAACAGAGAGGACCACCAACUGGUGUGUCACGACGCCGUGGAGUCUUGGUACAUGAUCGGGUUCACGUAUCCCAUAUUUCUUAUAAUUGUUUGUACUUUUUAUGCAUUUUGGACUAGAAAUAUUCCCGAGGCUUUUAAUGAAUCUAAGUAUAUAGGACUUACAAUGUAUACAACCUGCAUUAUAUGGUUGGCGUUUGUGCCCAUUUACUUCAGCACGGCGGACAAUAUACAGAUCCGCAUCGCCACCAUGUGUUUCUCCAUCAGUCUCAGUGCAACUGUGGGGCUAGUGUGUAUGUUUACCUCAAAACUAACCAUCAUCAUUCUACAUCCGGACCAGAAUGUCCGACAGUCCAUCAUGGCGUCCAAACCUGUAAUGCCGGUACAGAUACAGAACAAUUACUACUCAACGUGCCGGAUAGAGUCAGCAACUCAAUCAGAAGAUACAUGUAUGGAGCUGACUCACCGCUUACGGCCUUCUGGUUCCUUUAGCAGCGCCUUUAGCAGGUCAACUAGUGCAACCCAGACGUUUACAAACGGAAACAGCAUUAGCACUCAAACGCUUGACAUGAUUGGUAAAAUGCACGAGGACAGAGAUGUGCAGUUAUAGUCUUAGAAACCAUGACUGCAUUAUGACUGCUGCUGUCGCCAUGCAAGUUUAUGUGAAAGUAUAUCUUAAUAGGGACAUGGAGUAUAAGUUUGCGUACACCAUGUAUCAUUCUUGUAGUCAAGGCCGAAACUUCGUUAAAUAUUCAAAGAUUAUCUUUCAAUUUUAUUUGUUUACAUUGUAAAAUUGCGUUAAGGUUCGUAAUGAACAUGAACAAAUCCAUGUGGCAAAAGAGUUAUCUGAUGGAUACAGUCUUAAUAUGAAACUUUCUCAUUCAUUAAUACAACGUUUCAAGAAAAUGUAUUAUAUAAGUGUUCUUUUACGUAAUUUUAUAUCAUCAUUUUAAUAUGAGAAAAUAUAUAUGGUACACUUACUCUACAAUAAAGUAAAAUGUUGGUUAUAACAAUGGCAUCGCCAUGAUAUGUGAGCGUGUGUACAGUAUUGUUUAGUAUGACUGAGUUUUAAAUAAAUUGAAUUAAAUGUUGAUGCUCAGGAAAAUUUUGUACAGUCCUUCAAUUCUCUUGUUGUAUAACUCUUAUUGUAUAUUAUUUAUUUAAAGUAAUAUAUUCAUGUGAAACACGUAUGAUCUCAUUAUAUUUGGUAACCGCGCCCUUUAUAAAAUGGCAGAAAACCAUCUGCGA